AUGGCAAAGUCUUCCAAAUUAGAAGACUACUGGCAAAAGAAUAAUGUAGAAAGUCUGCUCCGAGACAUGACACGCGUGUUAGCACAACAAAUGCCAUCUGAUCCAGCAGCUUCGAUCGCUCAAUAUCUUCAAAAUAAAUAUCCAAAAUCAUUUCAAAACUUCGCCGGUAGCAACGGAAAGACAGACAGCAUUCGUAAAACUACAACAACUACGCUACAAUCGAAGUCAGUUACUUCAGCACGUUGUGGUGUAAAUGUAAGUGCUGAAAAGUUGAAUGACUCACAAUUACAAUGUAAUACAUCAAAUCAAAGUCAAAACAGUCAUAGAAGUACUAUACCAACGAUUAGCGCAAGAGAACAUCCAGAAAUUAGUAUAGGAAGUCUUAUGUUUGCUAAUCGGGUAGGUCAGCAAGUAAUACUAUCAGGCAAAGAUAUUCGUUCAGACCAUGAUAUUCUCCAAGACGAACUACUAACACGAAAAAAACUACACACGCCAACGUCGAAUGUGAUCAUGGAUGAUAUUUCCAAUGAGGUUCAACAAUUGGAAACACAUGACGAGCCAUCGGUAAGACAAUUGGUAAAAUAUAAGCAAAAUAUUCGUACCGAAAAUAAACGCCGUCGUCAUCGAGAGGAACUUGCUGAGUUAGCGAAACAAAUUCAUGAUAGAGAAGAAAUAUUCCAGCAGAAUAAUGUUGCCGAAACGGAUGAUAAAAAGCAAUUCGAAACACACGAUACUGAACUAGCGGCUCAGCCAAAAGCAGAGGAAGAUGUUUUGAAUGAAGAAGAUGUUUUUCAAUCAAGAAAACAACGAUUUCGAGAGCGACAUAAAGACAGAUCAUUGACAACAAGAACAUUCGAAGAUGGUAACAAGGCGCCCAGAAUGCACGGCUGUAUAUGUCAAGUAUGCGGAAGUGUUAUGAAUGAUGAAGAUUAUAAACGAUACUCACGGCAACUUUCUGUGCAACCGGUUAUAUCCUCAGUUACAACAAAUGAGGACGAGGAUGCAAUUGACGAUUGGUUCGAACCCUCAUCCAAAAUAUCGGAUUCAAAAUCACCGGUUCAAUGGAUACCAGAUCAGAUAACGCCUGUGCCAGUUCAUAUCAAUCCUUUUGAACAAAACUCUUUUCGAACAACUGAGCAGACUAAUGAUAGUACUACAACGCGUCAUCGACCAAUAAUACCGACUAUUGUUAUAGACAACGGCGAGGAACUAGGACAUUCAAGACCAAUACGUUUAUCUGAAUCAGAUUCAUUUGUUCGUACAUCUACGCCUAGUACUAAAAACCAGUUAUCUAAAACUGCAGGAAAUUUUUCAUUCUCGCGGCCAGUUUCUGUAUCACCGAUCAAAGCAACAUCGACGACAAUAGCUCAUGCCUACAUACACAUGCAUAAGGGUUCAAUUAGAAUAAAUUGUGAAAUAAAAGUCGAAAAUAUUGGACAUCGCAAGGAAAACGCAGACACACUGGAAUAUCAAAAAUUGAGUUAUAUAUACAUUAAUUGA